AUGGCACCUGCAGUCCCCUUGAGCUUGAGCAACUUUUGGACAUCACAGAGAUGUGUAAAGCUUCCCAUUCCAACGAAAUCGUUCGCCGGGAAGACAGUGAUCGUCACAGGUUCCAACAGUGGAAUGGGCCUGGAAGCAGCCAGGCACAUUGUCCGUCUUGGAGCAGAGAAGACAAUUCUUGCAGUCCGGAGCCUGGAACGAGGUCAAGUCGCAGCUCAAUCGAUUCAAGAGACAACACACUGCUCGAAAGAUGCCAUUGAGGUCUGGCAGGUCGACUUAGCCGACUACAGCUCGAUCAAAGCGUUCGCAGAGCGAGCCAACACUCUCCGCCGUCUGGAUGUCGUUGUUGAGAACGCUGGUACUCUGACGUACAAGUAUCAAGAAAUCGAUGGCGAUGAAAGCUGUGUGAGGAUCAAUACCCUUGGAACGUUGUUCAUGGCGUUGACGCUGCUUCCGAAACUUCGAGCCACGGCGGAGGAGUUCGAUACGGAUGUCGUGUUGACGUUCAAUGGUUCUUGGAUGCACUGGACAACCGAUUUUCCGGAGCAGAACGCGGAGAAGAUCUUCGAGGAGCUGGCUGAUGAGAAGAGUGCUCGGAUGGCUGAGAGAUACCCAACCUCCAAACUCAUCCUACUCCUUGCGUUCCGCCAACUUCACGCCCAACUGAGGCAACCAUCAAAAGGCCACAUUAUCACCUCAUACGUGAACCCAGGAGGCGUCGCCACCGACAUCACUCGAGAGAUGAAUGGCUUUCUUUCGAGCAUAUUCCUCAAGGUCUUGGCCAAAACGUUCCUUCGAACCGCAGAGGAAGGUGGAAGAACGUUGGUGCAUGCCGCUGAGGGAGGCCGAGAUACGGAUGGCAAGUAUUUGGACGAUUGUAGGUCGGAUCGGCCUGAGGUUGUUUCGCCGUUCGUGACGUCGGAGCGAGGAGAGAAGAUCGCGGUUAAGGUCUGGAAAGAGGUGUUGGAAAGGUUCGAAAGUGUCCAGCCCGGCAUCUCCAAGAAUUUUCGAUAA